AUGCUCGUUCAGUGCGCUUUCGCCACCGAAAAUAAGAAAUAUCAGGUGGUUUCAGUGCAAGAUAUGAUCUCGUGGUUUCACUUUGAAAUGGGAGAAAAACUUCAAAGAAGGAAGCUUUGUUCGUGUGAGAGUCUUUGGAUUCCGACUCAUGGAGGGCCUUGCUACUGUGCUGAAUUAGUCUUCCGUGUCCUUGGUAUCAAGUCUAAAAGAAUUACAGUCACACACAAGAAAACACUUGUAUGCUCUUCUCCCAAAUUAUUACUUAAUUGGAAUAUGGUAUCUGAAGAUGAUACAGUGAAACUUGGGAGUAUUGUAUCAGGUACUGUUGAAAGAGUAACUCCUCAUGCAAUGAUAGUUAAUGUUGAUGUUAAAGGUUACAUCAAGGGCAUGAUUUCUCCUGAACAUCUGGCAGAUAACCAUGGGCUUGAUUUUAUGAUGAAGUCGGUAUUAAAGCCAGGAUACAAGUUUGAAAAACUUUUGGUAUUAGCUGUUGAUGACCAAAGAUUUGAUCUUUCUGAAGUGUUUUAUAUUGGACAAUAUGUUCGUAGUAACAUACUUGAAGUUAAAAGUGAAACAAGCAGGAUAACACUAUCAUUGAAGCAAUCAUUAUGCUCUUUUAUAGAUUCAUCUUUAAUUAAAGAAUACUUUCUCUUGGAGCGUACUUUACAGCUUGCACCAUACAAAUUGAGGUGUGAGAAAGAACCUCUGAGUUCAAAGCUACCAUCACCAGACUUUCACCCUCCAACUGUAAAUUGCCUAGAGGAGACACUUACAAAAGACUAUGUAUUGGGUGGAUAUAGAGAAACAGUUGAGGGGAUUGAGGUAAAUGCAAGUGGACAGUUAUGUGGAGUUGCAGAAAUGGUGGGACCCGUAGAUUUUGUGAAUGAUGCAGAAUAUUGGCAACAUGACAGGUGGAGUGGCCAAUUCUGUGUCAAAUGGCACAUCAUCAAAGAUGUUCCAAAUUGCCGAUUCCGACAUAUUCUUCUUGAAAAUAAUGACAAAAAACCUUUUACUCAUAGCACAGAUUCACAAGAGGUGAAACUAGAAGUGGGGAUUUCAAUGUUGAAAAUCUUUAAAGAUCAUGAUGCAGAGACAUCGAUCUUAGAUGAUUAUGGUUUCUAUGAUGAACGAGAGAAGGAUUUGCAGGAAAAGAGACUAGGCUUAGAGCAAUGGCUGCAAGAGAUGAGUUCCGAAGAAGAAGAAGAAUAA